AUGGAAAAUCUCUAUGACGUUCUCUUAAAGGAUUCUAGGUUGGUGCUUGAGCGGAAGAGUCAAAUCUUGUGCAGCUUAUCAAACAAGAGAGGGAGAGAUGGUGACGAAGAGGAGAAAGAAAAGCAGUUCUGGUUACUCAAGACAGAACCAGGAGAAUGGUCGUGGGAAGAUCAAUUUGCAAAUGGAGGAAUAUCAAAAUGGGAUGGAGUGAAAAAUAAACAAGCUCAGAAGUAUAUGAAAUCAAUGAAAGUAGGUGAUUUUUGUUUCUUUUACCAUUCAGGAAAUAAAUCUCGUAAGUUAGUUGGUAUUGUAUCUGUAAUCAAAGAAUGGUAUUUUACGGAUAAGGGAGAAGACAAAGAAGGAGCUGUAGAUGUUAAAGAAGUUGGUGGCAUGAAUAAACCUAUUGACCUAAAAGAGAUGAAACUGGAAGAAGGUUUAAAAGGGUUUCUGCUGUUCAAGCAACCCAGGUUAUCAGUUGUUCCUGUUCCUAAGAAUGUUUGGGAUAAAAUUUGUGAAAUUGGUGGUGGGUUCACUGAAGAAGAAAAAGAGGAAGAAGCAACUAAUGUGUGGAUAAAUUAGAUGAUAUCUUGAGUUUUUUGUUUGUAUGUCAUUGUAGCGAUUGAUUAUAUUGAAAUAUAUUUGCUGCUCCCAUUAGUGUUGCCCGCAUAGCUGAGAGUGCUUGUUUUAGGUUGGCAUUAGUGUUGACAAAAUUUUGUUUUGAUUCAACAGGAUGUCUUCUUUGGAUUACUUUGUGGGAUUAUUGAAUUAUCUCUCAAUCUAGUUUAUUCAUUAACUUCAUAGAUUGUCAUGGCUAACCAACCAAUGUGAGAAUCUGGGUAUUUUGGAUCACUUGAGGCUCAAAAACGAUGGUUGUCUGACCAUGAACCUGAACCGGCGUGGUUGCCCAUAACUUCUACCUUUAGUUUCCUAUAAGACAGAAUUUACUAGCAUGAGCACUUUAGGUCUCUAAACUUCAAGCUAACUUCUUUGUUGCAUCAGUGCAGUGACCUUUUUAAUAAAUAGACUAAUAAUAUUUUCUGCAAUGUCGCCGUGUAACUUCUUUGUGUUCAUAGAGUAAAUCUGUACAAGACAACUAUCGAACGGAAACUUAUAUACGCCUAAAAAACAUCUCAUUAAAAUUUUGAAUUUCACUUAAUAAUUGUUGACAGUGAUAAUCUCAUGCACUAGCAAAACUUCUCUCUGCUUCACCUGGAGUAAAAUGUAUUAGUGAGCUGUGAUAUGGUUGAAAUGGGUUCAUAGUUCAUAUGGUAAAUAAUGGCCGGGAAUGAAACUACCUAAUGACCUGAGGUUGAUAUUUGUCAGACUUAUACUCUAAGAAAUCAAACGUGCUAUCAAUUUUAACUAUUUCUCAGGGUUUGUCAGUUCAUCCAAAAUGUAAAAAAUGAUUGAUUGAAUUUCUGAAUCAGACAGUUUCU